UCGAGAUAACGACUUUUGUCAAACUAGGUCAUUAUCGAGUGUUAGCAAAUGAGGAAAAAUAUUCACGUGAAAUAAAAAAACAAGUGAAUUUACUAAUAGAUUAGUGAAACCAAUAAGUCAACUGUCACAAUGACGAGUGUCAGUGAAACGAGUUCGUUGCCAAAGACUAAAAAACCAUCAGACAGUGCCUUCAAACAACAACGUCUUCCCGCAUGGCAGCCAAUCCUGACAGCAGGAACAGUUCUCCCCACAUUUUUUGUUAUUGGAAUAGCCUUCAUCCCCGCAGGAAUCGGUCUGUUGUACUUCUCCGAGGAAGUGAGAGAGUAUUCCGUGGAUUAUACAAACUGCAAGUCCAUCCAGGAUAAUCGAAAGUGCUCGGAGGUGAUUCUGAAUAAACCGGGAAGCAUCUGCCAGUGCAACGUGGAUUUUCGCCUCGUCGAGGACUUCAAAGCGGACGUCUACAUGUACUACGGCCUAACGAACUUCUACCAAAACCACAGACGAUACGUCAAAUCGAGGGAUGACAAUCAGCUGUUGGGACGACUGAGUGAUGAAGUGUCGAGUGACUGCGGUCCCUUCGCAUACUCCGAGGGAAACGAUUCAAAACCCGUUGCACCAUGUGGAGCAAUUGCCAAUUCCCUCUUCAGCGAUGAGUUGAGUCUUUACUCGAAGGAAUUGAAGAAGGAUAUUCCCCUCAUCAAGACGGGCAUUGCCUGGCCCUCAGAUAAGAAUAUUAAAUUCAAAAAUCCACCUGGGGACCUCAAGAAGGCCUUCGAGGGAUUCGCCAAACCCAAAAAUUGGACUAAACACGUGUGGGAACUCGAUGAGGAAGAUCCCAGCAACAAUGGCUUUCAGAAUGAGGAUUUAAUCGUCUGGAUGAGAACUGCUGCUCUUCCAACCUUCAGAAAACUCUACAGGAGGAUCAAUCACACGGAACCUGUAUUCAAAGGACUCAUCAAAGGAGAUUACGUCCUCAGGGUUAAUUACUCCUAUCAAGUCUCCUCGUUCGAGGGCAGCAAACGGAUGAUCCUGAGCACGACUUCCCUCCUAGGAGGCAAAAAUCCUUUCCUGGGGAUUGCCUAUAUCGUCGUAGGAUGUGUCUGCCUCGUUCUAGGGGUUGCACUAUUGAUAAUUCAUAUUAAAUGUUCGAAGAGCACGAAUGAGAUGAUUAAUGUAAAUCAACACACGCCUUAUCAAUAAUCAGAGGAAGGAAUUAAUCCAGCAGGAUUUUAGCACGAGUUCAUAUUCUCGAAAACUCAGUGAAAGUCACGAGUGUUUUUUUCAUAAAAAUGCACAUGGGACGUUAGAUUAAUAUAGUUCCCCGCGAAGAACCCUCGGUAAUUUAUUUAUUAUCCACAGAAAUUACUCUGGUUUGAUUUUCUAAUGGAAAAUUUCCAAUGACGAUUCAUUUUCUCAAAUUGAUCAAAUAUUCGUUACAAUUCUGUUGCAAAGUGAUAAAACUAGAUAAUUUACAGUCUUAUUAAUCGAUUUCGCUUUUGAGAAUUUAGUCAGCUACAAAAAAGUCCUUCGGGUGCUUCACCUCAAGUUAAUAGUUUUCAAGGUAAAUUAUUAUAAAUACGAAAUUCGGUUUAUCUGAUUUUAUCACUUCGCUACUCACUUUAUCAGUUGCCUAAUUCGUUUUGUUUUAUUAUCCAGUAUUAGUUUAUCUUCUGUUCUCACAUAUUUACUCUAAGACGAUACAAAUGCAUUUGACAUGCGUUAUUUUAACUGUGAAA